CUCCAACUGGGAGCGCGCGACGAUGGCGGCCGCCGGGGCAGCUUUAGAGCCGUUGGUGACGGGUCUGUACGACGUGCAGGCUUUCAAGUUUGGCAACUUCGUGCUGAAGAGCGGGCUCUCCUCCCCAGUCUACAUCGAUCUGCGGGGCAUCGUGUCUCGACCGCGUCUUCUGACCCAGGUUGCAGAUAUUUUAUUCCAAACUGCCCAAAAUGCGGGGAUCAGUUUUGAUACUGUGUGCGGAGUACCUUACACAGCUUUGCCAUUGGCUACAGUUAUCUGUUCAACCAAUCAAAUUCCAAUGCUUAUUAGAAGGAAAGAAACAAAGGAUUAUGGUACUAAACGUCUUGUAGAAGGAGCUGUUAAUCCAGGAGAAACCUGUUUAAUCAUUGAAGAUGUUGUCACCAGUGGAUCUAGUAUUUUGGAAACUGUUGAGGUCCUUCAGAAAGAGGGCUUGAAGGUCACCGAUGCCAUAGUGCUCUUGGACAGAGAACAGGGAGGCAAGGACAAGUUGCAGGCGCACGGGAUCCGUCUCCACUCAGUGUGUACAUUGUCCAACAUUCUGGAGAUUCUCCAGCAGCAGAAAAAAAUUGAUGCUGAGAUGGUCAAGAGAGUGAAGAGAUUUAUUCAGGAGAAUGUUUUUGUGGAAGCUAAUCAGAAUGGUUUUCUCCCUUUGGUAAAGAAAGUACCCAAAGAACUCAGCUUUGGUGUACGUGCAGAGCUGCCCAGGAUCCACCCCAUUGCAUCAAAGCUUCUCAGGCUUAUGCAAAAGAAGGAGACCAAUCUAUGUCUAUCUGCUGAUGUUUCAGAGGCCAGAGAGCUGUUGCAGCUAGCAGAUGCUUUAGGACCCAGCAUCUGCAUGCUCAAGACUCACGUGGAUAUUCUGGAUGAUUUUACUCUGGAUGUGAUGAAGGAGCUAACAACUCUGGCAAAACGCCAUGAGUUCUUACUGUUUGAAGACCGGAAGUUUGCAGAUAUAGGAAACACAGUAAAAAAGCAGUAUGAAGGUGGUGUCUUUAAAAUAGCUUCCUGGGCAGAUCUAGUAAAUGCUCACGUGGUGCCAGGCUCAGGAGUUGUGAAAGGCCUGCGAGAGGUGGGCCUGCCUCUGCAUCGGGGGUGCCUGCUCAUUGCGGAAAUGAGCUCUGCUGGCUCCCUGGCCACGGGGAGUUACACUGCAGCAGCGAUUAGAAUGGCUGAAGAGCAUUCUGAAUUUGUGGUUGGUUUUAUUUCUGGCUCCCGAGUAAGCAUGAAGCCAGAAUUUCUUCACUUGACUCCAGGAGUUCAAUUAGAAGCAGGAGGGGAUAAUCUUGGCCAACAGUACAACAGCCCACAAGAAGUUAUCGGCAAGCGAGGUUCUGAUAUCAUCAUUGUAGGUCGGGGCAUAAUAUCAGCAGCUAAUCGUCUGGAAGCAGCCAAGAUGUACCGAAAAGCUGCUUGGGAAGCUUAUUUGAGUAGACUUGAUGUUUGAGUGCCUCAGAUACAUUUUUGUGAAGGCACUGAAGAUAACAUGAUCUCCUGAAUGCCACUGGCUUGUAAUAACCAGCAGCCUUUAAUAUCACUUGGGUUCUUCUACAGGGCUUGUAUGCGAAUGACUUCUGAACUUAUUGUGCUCUUUAUGAAAUAUUGAAUGGCUUGUAAUCACUGCAUUGUUACUAUAAUUUCAUUUUCAAGCUUG